UUUGGUGCGUGAAUGGGAGAAUCACCUUCGUAGCUUCCGAAAAUGGGUGACAGAAGAAGGAAGCAGCGUCAUCUGCAAGACGCAUCGACUUCUUCAUCCUCUCCGUCCUCCGCCUCCGACUCCGACUCCGACCGCUCUUCGAGGCGGCGGAGGCGGCGCGAAAAGGAUCGGCGCAGAAGGAACGAGGGAGGCUCCAAGCGAGAAAGGGAGAAGGAAGAGAGAAGGAGGAAGAAGAGAGACAGAGAGAGGAAAUUGAGGAAAAAGAAGAAGAGAGUCCACGAUUCUGAUGUGUCUGAGUCUUCGGAGGAGGAAAAUAGACUUAGGGUUGAGCCUGAAACUGUGGUGCAUGAAAUUAUGAAGGAGUUUCCCAAUGUUGGCAAUGAUUUGAAGCUGCUCUUGCAAAUGAUUGAUGAUGGACAAGCUGUUGACAUAAAGGGUAUAUCAGAAAGAUCUCUAAUGAAGCAUCUGAAGAAGCUGUUCCUUUCCUUAAAUCUUAAGGAAAAUGGAGAUAGUGUUUUCUUACUUCCCUCUAAAGCUCGCCCUACUUUGGAUGUUGUUGGCCCUAUAAUUCACUCUUAUAUGUAUCCCAUGAAGGAGCAAGCUGAUGCUUCUGCAGCAGUGCCUGAAUCAUGUUCAGUUCCAAUAGAUAUGGGAAGUGAACAGAUGGUAAAUGAUCAUAUAACACCAGCACCAGAGGAUCAGUCUGUUGGUCCUACAAGAAGGAUGAUUGGCCCUGCAAUGCCAUCAGCUGAAUUACUCGCUGCUGCUGCUAAAUUAACGGAGGCACAAACUGAGCUCAGAGAAGCGGAAUUGGACGACGAUACUGAACUAUUUGUAGGACCUCCACCACCUGCUAUGGUUUCUGAAGCUGAAUCAGCUAAUGAAGCUGAACGUUUUGAAGAGGUCACCAGGAUCAUGGAAGUUGAGGCUGACAGCCCAUAUGAUGUUCUAGGAGUUAACCAUAAUAUGUCCAGCGAUAACAUAAAGAAAAGGUACUGGAAGAUGUCACUUUUGGUUCAUCCAGAUAAAUGCUCUCAUCCACAAGCCAACCAAGCAUUUAUUAAGCUAAAUAAAGCUUUCAAAGAGUUACAAGAUCCAGAAAAGCGGAAAGAAAUGGAUGAGAAAAUCAAACUCAAGCAAGAACAGGAGGAAUUGAAGGCUGAACUUAAAGCAAUGCGUGAGGCUGCCCUGUGGAGAAGAUCCCAAGGCAUAUCCAUGGAGGGUGAUGAUGUGCUUCUGGCAGAGACAGAGGUUAAAGAGGAACCAAAAAGAGAUGAAUGGAUGACAACAUUGCCUCCAGAGAGGAAACCUGGUGUGACUAUGCAAUCAACCAAGUUUAGCCGGGGCUCAAAGGAAGGUAGAGGUGAUACUGGUGUUUGGACAGACACCCCUGCAGACAGAGCCCAGAAAGCAAAGAUGCAUUAUUUGGAAGCAUACAAUGAGGCUACUGCACUUGCCUCGAAUGAAGAGGAAAAGAAAAGGACUAGUGCGGAUGCAGAUUUGGUGGACAAAUACAAUAAUGCAAAACGAUCAAAAACAUUGGUGCAAAAGCAUCAAGAAGAGGUUGCUAGCAAAUCCAAGAAAAAGUCCAAGCAACAAUCGGAGAAGGAAGAUUGGGUGGGUCAACAUCCAUGGAAGCCAUGGGACCGUGAAAAGGACCUGACAGCUGGGAGGCAAAGUGUAAAAUUGGAUUCAGAAAGCAUGUCUGAGGGCUUAUCUUCAAGGUUUUCUUCUGGAAACUUUCAGAGGAACUUCCUUUGAUUUGAUUAAGAGUUGACAUUUCAUCUGUUUAGCCCUUUCGCCUGGACAAGAUCUGUUCAAUGAGCUUCAUAAAGAAAUUGAAUCAUUCUUUUUCUUGAUGUAGCCUGUAGGUGCUGAAUACAAUCAUGUGCUUCAAAUGCUACGGAGAUUUCUAAUUAUGCAAUUGCGCUCAGUGACGGGCAAAUAUUUUCUGAUGAAGUUUAUGCAAUAAAUGGCCUGAUUUUAGUUGUCAUAAAUUUUACAGGUGUAUAUCUAUCAAGCAUGUUUAUCUGUAGUAUUUAUGUUUGUUGCACGUGGUUAUAGCUAGUAAAAUAGUGGAGAUAGUGGUUAAUAUAGUACGGCAUCUGCAGUAAAAGUUUACAUAUAAUAGCAAAUGUAUGAAGGUUCUAAUUAAGUUCUUGUUUGUUACAAAAUGUCACUUCUAAGAUAGUGCUGUCACAGUUGUAUUAAUUGGCGUAUCUGACUAGUAAGUUUAAGUGGCUCUACUCC